UUUUGCCCAGGCGUCAAAAAAAAAAUGUAUACAAAUUUUGUGUGCAAGUGAGUGAGUGAAAAUCCAGUGCUGAAAAUCCAUGGAAACGGCAAUGAAAUCCUAGAAAUGUCCAGUCAGGCGGGUAAACUGCGUCCGGGUCCUUCGACCAAACCGGAUCGCAAUGCGAACGAGGAGAACCAACUGGGCGCCAAGCCCAAAAGCCAAAGGACCACCGACAAUCAUCAGUCGAAUCAGCAGAAGAUUCUGCAUCCCAACUAUAUGGAACUGGAGUUUUUGCCCACGGAGCCCACGACAUCGGGAACUGCCUACAAUGAUCUUCCAGUGAGCUAUGCCACCUGCCUGGUGGGUCCACCUCCCUACAGGGAGCCACCGCCCCCCACACCACCACCCCUUUCGCAAAUGCCCUCGCGGCUGCUCCACUCCGCCCCCAACACCCCGAGUCGCGGCAAGGUCGUUCUGAGCAAAAAGGAGCGCAAGGAGCUGAGCAAACAGCUGGGCAUUGAUGAAUCAUCGAUACUAAGCAGCAGUGCCCAAUCGAGUCCCUACAAAGGUCGCGUGAGUGAGCUGAAGAAUUGCAUAGCUCGUGGUCUCUUUGCCACUCUGCAUCGCGGCUCACAGAAGUCUUUGCCGCAGCAGCAGCAGCAGGACGAAAGACCCGUCAGUCAGGAGAUAUCACCACCUCCGCCGGCACCAGAAUCAGCGAAUAACAACGAAGAUGCGGCGGAUUAUUCCGAGAAGCUAAAAAAUCUACCAGUGAGACAGCGAAAGGCGGCCACCUCUCAUAUGGAAAACUAUUGCCUUUUCGAUCCGGUGGAUUUUAUAAACGAAAAGGCCAUGAGAUAUCCCAGUUCCCAUGCCCAUGGCUUAAGGGAUCCUUUAUUUAGCUCUCGACAACAUUUGGUCUGCGAGGAUGAAGAUGAAAUGGUACCAGAGGUAAUAUACGACAACGAAGAACUGGAACUCGAGGAGACCAUCAUCAUAGAGACCUCUGCGAUGCCAGAGGCCGAAUCGGAAGCAGAGCCUAGAACCUCCGAGAUCCUGGCCAGCUUCGAUCACCACAACUACUUUAUAAUAGAACCGGGGGAUUUCUCUCUGGACAUCGGCAUACCCAAUCCUUAUACCAACGAGCAGCUGGUGAAUGCCAAGCUGGAGCAGCAGAAUCUGGAGAAGCUCUUCGGCGAAUUGGAAAACACAACGGCCAGCAUGUCGAAUAGUCAGGAGUCCAAGGAUACGGAGACCACUUCCACGGCCCUCGUAGAAUCAUCUACUUCGACCAACUCGGCCAGUUCCGCGGGCAGUUGCUCCCUGGCUGCCAAUCCCGCCCAGCAAUCGAUGAAGAAAAAGCUGACCUUUCUCAAUCUUUCACCCUUUCGGAGUGGCAAAAAGGGCAGCGAUAAGAACGGCACCUUUGAACAGCAUCGGGCCAUUUCCGAGUUGGUCAGCACGGAUCACAUGUUGCAUUUGCAGCAGCUGUUGCAGCAACAGCGAAAGGAUCAGAGAUCUCACACCGUUCCCACCGAAUCCAACUAUGUGCUCUUCAAUCCCGGUCCCGUGCCCAGUCGUCAUGUGCAGUACAAGAUACGAAAGCCACGACCCCAAUCGACGCACAGCGAUGCGGAUAGCGGAUUCCUAUCGCCCUGCUCGCCCGACGAAAUGAAGGCUAAUCCCGCCAUCCUGGUGCUCCAGCAGUGCGACAGUGUCCAGGGAUAUAUGGAGAUAUACACAGACUGGGCCAACUAUUACUUGGAACGUGCCAAAUCGAAGAGAAAGGUCACAGAUCUAUCGGCCGAUUGUCGGGAUGGCCUUCUUUUGGCCGAGGUCAUCGAGGCGGUCACCAGCUUCAAAGUGCCCGAUCUGGUUAAGAAGCCAAAGAGUCAACAGCAAAUGUUCGACAACGUCAACUCGUGUCUGCAUGUGCUGCGCAGUCAGUCGGUCGGCGGCUUGGAGAACAUCACCACCAAUGACAUCUGUGCCGGUCGCCUGAAAGCCGUCCUCGCCCUCUUCUUCGCCCUGAGUCGCUUCAAACAGCAGGCCAAACAGACCAAAUCCAUUGGCGUUGGCUGCAGCGCGGGAGUGGGCUCCUCAUCGAGGGAGGAUAAGAAUCAUCAGGAUCAGCAGCAGCAGCAAACGCCCCAACAAUUGGCCCAGUCUCUGGAAAACGGCAAUGAGAUGGUGAACCGACAAAUUGCGCCCGCCUAUGCGAAGGUCAAUGGCGGAACUUCCAUCCCACUGCCAGCCACCGUGAUGGUUCAACGUCGCUGUCCGCCGGACAAAGUGCGUCCUCUGCCGCCCACACCGAACCAUACACCAUCGAUACCGGGGUUGGGAAAGAGCGGAAGUGAUUUCAACUCGAGCCGUCCAAACAGUCCGCCCACCAGCAAUCACACGAUCCAGAGUCUCAAGAGCGGAAACAAUAACAGCCUCCGACCGCCGAGUGUGAAGAGUGGCCACCAGAGCGGCAUUCCCUCGCCGAGCAGUCCGCAGACUGCGCCCGCACAGAAGCACUCGAUGCUGGACAAGCUGAAGCUCUUCAACAAGGAGAAGCAGCAGAAUGCGGUGAACGCAGCCUCGGUGGCCAGCAAAACGCAGAUCCAGUCGAAGCGGACCUCCUCCUCAUCGGGCUUCAGUUCCGCCCGCUCGGAACGCUCCGAUUCUAGCCUGAGUCUGAACGACGGUCAUGGCUCCCAACUGAAGCCGCCCAGUAUUAGCGUGAGUUCGCAGAAGCCGCAGCCCAAGACGAAGCAGUCGAAGCUGCUGGCUGCCCAGCAGAAGAAGGAGCAGACCAACAAGGCGACCAAGCUGGACAAGAAGGAGAAGAGCCCGGCGAGGUCCUUGCACAAGGAGGAGUCGGGCAAUGAGUCGCGCAGCUCAACAAUGGGAAGAGCCGGGAAGUCUUCUUUGGCCCGAGGAAUAGUGGGUGGAGUGGUGGAGAAGAAUACCCCCAAGACGGCCUCCAAGUCCUCGCUGCACUCCAAGUCGGAUUCAAAGAGCUCUUUGAAGGCGCCCCAACUGCUGCAGAGUCCCGGCGGUGGCGGUCCCAGUCUGCCCAAGCCCAUUGCCGCCAUCAAGGGCACCAGUAAAUUGCCCUCUCUGGGGGGUGGAAGUUCUAUUAACCAUCCUCCCGCAGCAGAGGUUCAACCAAGUCAGCCCCUGCUGAAACGCGAAACCAGCGACAUAUCAGCGAACAUAUCCCAGCCACCGGUGGUUGAGCCACCGGGCGGCACACAUCAUCAUCAUAUCCUCCAGUCGCCACAGCCACCACCUCCCUACUAUGCGAAUAGUCAGCCAACGAGCCACAUAUCAUCGCACGGUUAUCUCAGUGAGCCCAGCACUCCGCAGCACAGCUCGGGCAUGGGAAUCUACGGAAGUAGUCGACUUCCUCCUCCAAAGUCCUCUUUAAGUGCUCCUCGAAAGCUGGAGUACAAUGCCGGACCUCAUAUACUGGCCUCUCCAACGUCGCAGCAGCAGCAGCAUCACCAACAAAGACAGGGUUUGCCAAGGCCACUGGUCAACUCGGCUCCCAACACACCCACCGCAUCGCCGAACAAGUUCCACACGAUUCCCUCCAAGAUUGUGGGCACCAUCUAUGAGUCCAAGGAGGAGCAGUUGCCACCACCUCCGCAAACAUCAUCUUCGGGAAGUUCUAUCCUACCCAUGAGACCACUACUCAGGGGUUACAACUCCCACGUGACCCUGCCGACGAGAGGAGCACGGGGUGGCCAUCAUCCGCAUCAGUCGUAUCUGGAUUUUUGCGAAUCGGACAUUGGCCAGGGAUAUUGCAGCGAUGGCGAUGCCCUGCGAGUGGGCAGCUCUCCAGGUGGUUCGCGAUUCCACGACAUCGACAACGGAUACCUUUCGGAGGGCAGCAGUGGUCUGAAUGGACCCAGUUCAUCUCACAGCGGAGGCAUCUCACAUGGCAAACACUUCCUCAGCAUGAUGCGGGCUCGCACCCAACUGCCCACCACCAUCGAAGAACGUAUUCGCAAUAGUCGCGGCUCCUUGGACAGCAUCGGAACCGCCGCGAACGGCAGCUCAGCAGCCAGUCAGGCCAGCUCCAGCGGCGGCUCCACCACCACCCACGGCCACGCCCACAACAACAAUAACAACAACAACGGAGGCGGCGGUAAAAUGGAUGGCAGUCCCCAUCAUCGGCCAGGAUCUCGAAAUGGACGCGAUAAUUGGGGAAAAAUGCCGGAACCGCUCAACGGAGCUCCAAAGAUGGACAAGUCGGAGAAGUCCUCCCCCUCCCGUCGCAGCAUGGGCGGUGGAAGUGGUGGCUCCUCCAAGCAGGGCUCCCCCUCCUCCUCGUCGCGAACCAAGGGCGUUCCGCCCAGUUUUGGCUAUGUAAAGCGGGCCAAUGGGAGUAUCACGGCCACCGCGGAGCAGCAGAACAUUGCCAUGAUGAUGGCCGCCGGAGGAGUGGCAUCCAAUGGACUGCCCUGCGGUCGUACCGCCCACGUUUCGGCGGUUCCAAGGACCGCGAGUGGUCGUAAAAUAGCAGGCGGUACUCAGACCUUGCCCAAUGACAUGAACAAGCUGCCCGCGAAUACUCAGCAUCGGAGUUUUUCUUUGACCGGACCAACGGCCACCCAAUUGAGCCAGUCGAUCAGAGAGCGUCUGGCCACCGGAUCACAUAGUUUGCCCAAGCCUGGCAGCGAUUUGCAUGUAUUUCAGCACAGAAUCUCCAAUCGCGGCGGAGCUCGUCACGAUGGAUCCCUCUCAGAUACCCAAACCUAUGCGGAGGUCAAGCCCGAAUAUAGCUCAUACGCCAUGUGGCUGAAGCACAGCAAUACGGCCGGCAGUCGCCUGUCCGACGGUGAGUCCGUCGAGCAACUGCAGAUCGGUUCACCGGCGAUGACCCGGCAUGGCCACAAGAUGAUACACAACCGUUCCGGAGGACCGGGUCAGAUGGCGGGUCAAAUGGCGGGCAAUGAGUCGCCCUACGUCCAAAGUCCGCGCAUGAACCGCAGCAACAGCAUUAGAUCCACGAAAUCCGAGAAGAUGUAUCCCUCCAUGCUGAGCCGCGGAGGCGAGGUGGAAAUCGAGCCCUACUACUGCCUGCCAGUUGGCACCAACGGCGUUCUCACGGCCCAAAUGGCAGCUGCGAUGGCGGCUCAAUCGCAGGCGGCCCAGGGAAAUCCCGGAGUGGGCGUGAAUGUGGGUGGCGUUGCCUGGAGCCAGCCAACCUCGCCAACGCCCCUCAACCGCGGCCCCUUCACCGCAGCCGCAGCUGCCUCGGUUCUAUCGCCCACCCAUGGAUCCACAUCGGCCGCAGGACUCGCAGGAGGAGCAGGUGGUGGGAUGGUCGGACAUCGGCUCACAUAUCCCAAGAAGAAUGACGAAGUUCACGGCAGUGCCGCCUCCUUGCUGUCCGGAGGCAGUUCCUUGUACGGAAAUGCGGAGGAGCGGCAGGCACACGAAAUCAGGAGACUGAAGCGCGAACUGCAGGAUGCCCGGGAUCAGGUGCUCAGCCUGAGCAGCCAGCUGUCAACCAAUGCCCACGUGGUCACCGCCUUUGAGCAGUCGCUGUCCAACAUGACCAACCGACUGCAGCAACUGACGGCGACGGCGGAGCGAAAGGACGGCGAGCUGACGGACAUGCGGCAGACGAUCGAGCUGCUGCGGAAGCAGUCUAUCCAGGCGGGACUGACCACGGCGCACAUGCAGAGCAUGGGUGUCCAGACCCAGGGUCAAGGUCAGGGUCAAGGUCAGCAGGGCUCGGAGCUGAAGCCACCUGUGGGAGCACCAGGAUCCCAGCGAACCAACAACAAUGGCACACUGGGAAUGCAGCGGCAGCACAGCACCGACUCCAUGUGCUCCCUCAACUCCAUCAGCUCGGGCUGCUCGGCGGCCCAGGACAAGAACAAGGCCAACAAGAAGAAGGGCUGGCUGAGGAGCAGCUUCACCAAGGCCUUCUCCCGCAAUGCCAAGAUCGCCAAGACGAGUCGUCAUGUGGGAGGUCAUCAUCAUCAUCACAACCACUCGCAUCAGGAGUUGUCUUCGGGAAAGAUGAUGACCCUGCAAAAUGGCCAUGAACCCUUGGGUCUAGCCUCUUUGGCCACCCAACCUGCUGCUCCUCUGCUGCCCAACAGCAAGCAGGGCAGUCCUGCCAAAACCCUCACCCUCAUAGACACCAAACCCAUCGAUGCCAUCGAGCAGGACGAUCAGCAGGUGGUCGAGGACCUCAAGAAGCAGCUGCGCGAAAAGGAUCUCGUCCUUACAGAUAUCCGACUGGAGGCCCUUAGCUCCGCCUCGCAGCUGGAGAGCCUCAAGGAGAUGAUGAACAAGAUGCGGGCGGAGAUGAUGUCCCUCAAGCACAACAACGAGCGGCUCCAGAAGCUGGUGACCACGCGAUCGCUCGCCGGUUCGGAGGCCAGUUUGGGUCAGGCCAUCAGCCCGAAUGGAUCGGUGGCCGGAAGCUCCGAGGUCUCACGUCGCUACUCCCUGGCUGAUGGUAAUAAUCGCCCUCCAAUGGAACUCCCUGCUCGCCUGAGUGAGGAACUCGAGCUGGAGGAGGAGGCUCCUGCCCCGGAGCCACCACCACCGCCGGCGCCAGUCGCUCCGCUCGGCAGCCCGAGCACCCACAUCGAUCUGACUCCCCCGCCGCCCGCUCUGGAGGCAGCUCCUCUGGCCAGUCCCGUUCACAUGGCCAGUGCCACCGAGGAGCUGGCCGAUGUGUGCGACGGCAAGAAGAUAGCCAUUGCCUGCUAUCUGGGACAGCCGGAGGCCUUUGCCAAGUACUGCGAGGAGCUGCAGGAGCUGGAUGGCUUCUAUGCCAAUGGAAGCCUCGAGGCGGCGGAUGGCCAGUCGCAGGGAGAGCGGAAGUUCUCCAGCAACGGCGGCUGCAACGAGUUCGUCAUCGCCUGCACCUACAUCUCCGGGAAGACGACGUGGCAGAAUCUGGACUAUGUGGUGCGCAAGACCUUCAAGGACUAUGUGGCCCGCAUCGAUCCGGGCACCAAUCUGGGUUUGAAUACGGACUCAAUCACCUCGUACCAUUUGGGAGAAGCUAAGCGGGGUCCCGAGAUGGGCUUCCCCGAGCUGCUGCCCUGCGGUUAUAUAGUGGGCAGUGUGAGGACCCUCUACAUCUGCCUGCAGGGCGUGGGCAGCCUGGCCUUCGACAGCCUCAUCCCGCGCAGCAUCGUGCACCGCUACAUCAGCCUGCUCACGGAGCACCGCAGGCUGAUCCUCUGCGGACCCAGUGGCACAGGGAAGUCCUACCUGGCCAGGAGGUUGGCCGAGUUCCUGGUGGCACGAGCGGCCAGGGGCAAUCCCUCGGAGGCCAUCGCCACAUUCAAUGUGGACCACAAAUCCUCGAAGGAUCUGCGCCAGUAUCUGGGCCACAUUGCCGAACAGGCGGCCAUCGCCAAUGGCGCCUCCGAGCUGCCCUCUGUGAUCAUUCUGGACAACCUGCACCAUGCCUCCGCCCUGGGCGAUGUCUUCUCCUGUCUGCUGAGCGCAGGACCAGCCAACAAGCUGCCCUGCAUAAUUGGCACCAUGUCGCAGGCCACUUGCAACACGACCAACCUGCAGCUGCACCACAAUUUCCGAUGGGUCCUCACAGCCAAUCACAUGGAGCCCGUCAAGGGUUUCCUGGGCCGCUUCCUGAGGCGUCGCCUCUUCCAGCUGGAGCUGCAGACGCAGCAUCCUCAGCCUGAAUUGGCGGCAGUUCUGGCUUGGUUGCCCUCCGUGUGGCAGCACAUCAACCGAUUCCUGGAGGUUCACAGCUCCAGCGAUGUGACCAUCGGCCCCCGGCUCUUCCUCGCCUGUCCGCUGGACCUGAAGGACUCGCAGGUGUGGUUCACCGACAUCUGGAACUACCACCUGUCGCCCUAUUUGGUGGAGGCGGUGCGCGAGGGCGUGCAGCUCUACGGACGAAGGGGAGGCGCCUGGAACGACCCAUCCGCCUUCAUCCGCAACUCCUAUCCCUGGCCGUAUGGCCCAGAUUCGGUGCCACCUUUGCGGCAAAUCAAUGCCGAGGAUGUGGGACUCGAGGGCGUGGCCCUAACCAACGGGGAGCAGCAGGAUCCCUUGCUCAACAUGCUGAUGCGCCUGCAGGAGGCGGCCAACUACUCGGAGGCCCAGGAUCAGGAGUCGGACUGCGCCAGUCUGGACUCCAAUGUCACUCCCGACAGUUCAGCCGGAGCCGAGUGAAGGGCUAACUGAAAAAAACCCAUAACCACUUCGUACAUGCCAAAUUUAGAUGGACUAACUAGAUGGAAAACACGCUGGCCGAGGGUCCUUCACCAGGAUAACCAGGAUUACCCCUUUCCCCGCACAAAUGAGACUUCUUGCUCUACUUUCGCUGCGAGGAUGAAAAGCAGUUCCAAGAGUUUUCCAUUUGCACCAAGUCACCAAUUUUCCCCAUUAUCAUCUCUAACCACUCCCAGCCAUCUAGAGUAAAUUGCACUUUUUAGCGCACUUGUUAAAAAAAGCAAAUUGUCAAGAACCCACACAAAAAACACACUAGCAACCUACAAAAUCUUGGACCCCCGGCGGCAUUCCCCAAAAAAAACCGGAGAGAAGAAACCCUAACUAACAUGAAAUGUUAACGAAAGUAAAAUUCAUUUUUGUACAUAUAGCACCGACUAAAGCCCCCUAUGUUUAAGUGUGAAUCUGUCCGGCGGUUUAGACUUUUUAUACCCUGUAUCCUAGCCCUGGACCGGCAGAUCGUUUAAAUUAAUUCGCAACUAACACCUAACUCUAUUGUAAAUGUAGCUAUAGGUUUUUGCUACUACCAAUUUACAUGAUGUAUAGUUGAAGGAAAAAGCUUUCACUUUAGUUUAAUUAUUUGCGUAAUUACCAUUAAAUAUUGUUACAAACAUAUUGCAUAUUUAUAAAACCCCCAUGAAGCGGAAUACCAUUUAAAUAUUUAUUAUGCCAGGCGGCGCUUGAACACAGGAAUACGCGAAAGUGAAUACGUAAUGCCCCAUCCUCGAUGAAAUAGCUAAAUUACCGACUCACCAGAUCCCUAUCGAAAGAUAAACUCAUAUACUACCCAUGCAAGCAGUAAAACUAUAUGAUACGAUAAAGCAAAUUAUGUGUCGCUGUCUAAUUUAAAUGUGUGCAUUUAUGAGAUAUGACAUCAAAUCAAAAUAAAAUAUAAUAUCAAACAUAAA